AUGAACAUCCAAGAUAAUUUAGAACUCUUAAACCAUCAAUUAAACGUUUCAAAUAAUAAACUUUUGCUUUAAGUUGAAGUACUCUCCCAACAAAAUAAUUUAUUAAAUAAGAAACUUGAGGAGUAAUAACAUAUCACCAAUCAAAUUCAAUACUUGCAAAAUGAAAAUAACUAACUUAAAUAAGAUAUCUUAAUACUCCAAGAGUCCUUAUUUAAUUUAAAGAAUGAGAAAUAUAAUGAUAUUGAAUAAUCCUACUCAUCAAUGCUUUUAGUUUAAUCAAAAGAAAAUGAAAAGGAGCUUUCUUAUUUGAAAUAAGAAUAUAAGGAUCAUAUUUUUAAAUUGUAAUAAGAGAAAAACCAAUUUUUUGAAUAAGCAGUGUCUAUCGGUAUUUAAAAUUAAACAGCAAAAAACUUGGAACUAUAAACUACUAAAAUCAUCUAAAUUGCAUAAAAAUUGGAAAAAAUUAUAUGUGAAUCACAAUAUAAUUAAGAAAAUAAAAUAGAAAAAGCAAAGACUGCUAGAGAAAUUUACGAUAACUUAAUAACUUAAUUAAAUACAGAUUUGAAUAAAAACCAAAAAGAAUACGAAAAAAAUGACAAAUUUAAUCAUACUUAAACAUCCACUAAGAACUUUAGCUCUGCGAAAUAUAAAGAUAAACCUAUUAAUCUCACAAGAUUGUUAUCUCUCACUAAAACAAAUGAAACUCCUAAAAGUCAAGCAUACCUUAAUGGGCUUUCAUUACAAAUCGUGAACAAAAACAAUUGA